AUGAGUUCAGCUCAGCAGCUUCUCCGAUCUCAGAGAGACAUACUGGUGAACUGGACUUCUGACCAUCCAGCACCAUUGCUGCGUUGGCUCCAUGAUGAACAGGCACUUUCCUCUACCUCCUACCUGUCUCUACUGGAGAGGACACCUUCCAACGCUGUGGUCCAGGCUCUGGAGACAGUGUGUGCCACUGAGGAGAGCAGUGAAAAGUUCCUGCAGGUGUUGAGGGAUGUGCAGGACUAUUACUGCAGAGAUCUGCAAGUCUGGGUUGAGAGACACUGCAGGAAUGAUGCCAUCAGAAAGCCAGUACCUGCACCUGUUAUAGAUCAAGCAAAAUUGAAGAGUGAUGUUCUCUUGUCUAAUAUUUUCAUUAUAGUUCCCAUCUCUGCCCAUAAAACAACCCUUCUGAAACGUACAGAGCAGUUAAGAUGUUACUCAGAAGGCAAUAAAGUGGCUUCAAACUUAGCUUCUCACAUCGAGAUCCGCUACACUGACCUCUUUGUGACAGAAGAUAAUGACAUAGUCGACAGCAGCCAACACGAGUACUUUGACUUGGCCAGAAGACGAGCUCGCAUCUAUGUCCACCAGGCCUGCCAACGCAUCCGGCCUUGUCAUCUCUUCAGUCCCCAGGGACCAUCGAAUCGGCCUCCCAAAAGGGUUAAAAUCAAGGGUAUUGCUGGCAUCGGAAAAAGCGUAGCAGUACAGAGACUGGUCUAUGAGUGGGCAAUUGGGAAGAAUAUGCGUGAAUUCACUUGCAUUUUUGACCUGCGCUUCCGAGAGCUCAAUCUAAUUGAAGCCCCACUGAGUUUACUGGAACUGCUUGAAGAACGGUUCCGGUAUCUGAAGGAAGCUCUGCCUGAUCUUUUCACCUCACCAAGCUCGUUGCUCUUCAUUUUAGAUGGUUUAGAUGAGUUUAAAUUCCGCUUGGACUGGAACAGUCCAGACAAAAACAUUGAUAUAAACACAAAGGUGUCAGUGUCAGAGCUAAUGGUGGCUUUGAUCAAAGGAAGUCUUCUCCCGAAGGCAUCCGUCAUUGUCACGACGAGGCCGACUACUGAAGCGCCCAAGGGUUUCUUCCAGAGAUGUUGUGUGGUACUGGGCUUCGAGGAGGACCAGGUGAAGGAAUAUACUACCAAGUUCUACAAAGAUAGCAGAGUUGCUGAAAAAGUUUAUGAUUACAUCUUGAACAAUGACAACCUUUUCGUACUGUCCUUCAUCCCUCUUUAUUGCUACAUCAUCUGUACUGCAAUAGCUGAGUUCUUUUCUUCGGAGACUCAAGAUGUCGGUGACUCAAAGUCUCUGGAGUUAAACCCACCUAGAACAGUCAGUGAGGUUUAUUUCUGCUACUUGUUAACAGCAGUCAAGCACCAUGCACUGAAGGCAAGUGCAGACAGAAGCACGUCUAGAUCUGAGGUUCUGUCAUUAGCGAAUCAACAGCUGACAAACCUUGGAAAACUGGCUUAUGAAAAUCUGCUUCAGAGAAAGAUAAUGUUUGACGCAGCGGAUCUGAAGAACUAUGGUGUUACACCUGCUGAUGUUCAGAGCACCUUUCUUUGUCACAUCAUCCAGCCUCUCAAAGAGGAGAAAGUGGAGAUGUAUUCGUUCUUCCACUUGACAGUUCAAGAACAUCUGGCUGCCCUUUACUGUGCUGUCAACCUCUCCAGCCAGGAUGAAGUAAUCCAAGCUCUUGAUUUCUGGUGCUUUGGGCGACAUCCAGAGUCCUCUACAGCCGCAUGUCUGCAAAAUAUAGAUCUUAACAUGGACAAACUGGAGAGCCUCCAGAUGUUCACACGCUUCUUCAUGGGAAUGCUUCGAGCCCGGCUGGCAGGUCAGUUGGAUGGUCUUGUUCAUUCCCCAUUGCAGCAAGAGGAUGGCCUUCCUGCUAGGCUGGGUUUGUGGUUCCAAGGCCAGUUUAAAAGCGAGAAGCUGGAAAAUCUGGCAGCUUUGAAUCUUCUCCACUGUCUGUUGGAGUUCCACAUGAAGGAAACUACCAGUAUAGCGGCACCAGAGAUCAAGACACUUUACCUGUUUAAAAUGAAGCUCAGUGUUGCUGACUGUACAGCGAUGCAUUAUGUGCUGCAGUUUUCUCCACACAACCUGCAGGAGCUCAACGUGGGCUACUCCAACAUUGGAAACAGAGGACUCAGCAGACUGAGACCCAUCUUACAUCGCUGUGAAAGUCUCUAGUGAGUA